GUUGAAAUAGCUCGAAAAUUAGAGAAAAAUGUUCCUAAGUUCUAUAGAGUUCACUACAGCAGAAUUACUUAUAGAUCAUCGGCAAGGAUCAGUAUUAUGUAAAGGAAUUGUGCAGAUAUAAUAUCAAAAUAGUUCUCCAAUAUAUAAAUUUUCUAGUCUUGAAAGUGAUGAGAAAACAAAAGAGCGUACAACUGUACUUCUCUCUCCAGAAGUUCGAGGAGACAUCCAUGAAACGAGCAACUAUUCUUAUUUGUGUUGUGAACCAGCUAAGGUUUCUUGAUAGAGUUUUGGUCUAAGUGGAGCUUGUCAAUUGUUGCUUAAUAAUGACUAAGGAUGUUUGAACUUUAAACUAAAAGCACACGGGGGCAUAAUAUAAGUAAAGAACUUUAGUACUUACAAAAGCAAAUCACAACUUUCACUCAUUGUCACCUGUUUGGAAAAAUCUCUCCUUUUUAUAAUUAAGAUUAUAUUACUUUAUUAAUAUUCUCUUUCGAAAAAGUCAGGAAAAUCUGCCCACCUGUCCACCACCAUACAUCAAAAGUCACAAUUGUAUACAGAGAGAAUGGCGUUGUGAAUACUUAAAGUCAUUUGAUGUCAUGUUUAUUGAUUAAUUGGGAGAAUACAGCUUAUGACGUCUCCACUACCUUGUCAAUUUUCUAUUUAUUUGAUGGGUUAAUUGCCAAUAGACCCCUUAUAUUUGACAGCUACUUGUACCUCAUAAACCAUUUAAGUAGCACUUACACCUCCUGAAAUUUAGGUGACACCAAAAAUUUCCCUUCAAUUUAGUGGCAAUUUAGUCCUUUUUAAAGUUAGCUUGAAGAAAAAAUGUGAUUUAUCAUCAUGUGAGUCCCACGUGACACCUCAAUCAAAGGGGAGAAAAAUUAUGUUAGCUCGAAGUUGAGAGAGUUAAGUGCUACUAAAAUCGUUCGGGUACACGUGGCCAUGCUAUCAUAGUACAGAUAGUAUAUUUACAAUUAACUAUUAUUUAAAUGAUUUUCUAUGGUUUGAUUUCUUAUUGAUGUUAAAGGGCAGACUCCCAAAUGCCCAAAUAACGCACUGAAACACAUUUUUCUUUUCUUCCUCUUACUUCAUUAUAUCACCAUGGCUUCCUCCACCUCCAGCCAGCAGAGCAACUCUCCGGCACCACCACCACCUACACCAUCAAACCAAUCCAUCUCAAAACCCUUCUCCAUCGAUGCUGAUGUGGUGUUAUCCCGUUUCCUCAACCAACUUGUCUUAAACCAAAAAACUCCUUCCUUGUCCUCCUUACCUCCUCGCUUCGCCAAAAAGUCAUCACCUCCACCUCCUCUCGUCAUCUCCCUUGUUGAUCCUCAACAUGAUCUCCUCCUGACUGCAGUUUCUGAUAUCGGUUUCUUCCACCUCACCAACCAUGGCAUAUCCUCCGACCUCUUCAGUCGUGCCAUCCAAGAGUCUGAAUCUCUCUUACGCUCUAGACGUAGUUUCAGUACUCACUCCCCUCUCGGGUUCAUCCACCAUGAUCAAGAUGUUCUUGUGUUCGAUACAAGUUCUUCUGAACUUGAUGCUUUUCAAUGUGUGAGUGAUUACACGAAGAAAUUGGAGAGGGUAGGAUUAGAGGUUGUGGAGUUGAUAUUGUCAUCCUCUGGACUUGAGAAUCCUUUUCAUAAGGGAGAUAUUGAGCCUAAGUGUUUGGUAUGGUUCUCAUCUGAUACUAUUGAUACCGAUAUUUCUGUGAUCAAAGAAGAGGAGGAGGAGGAAGGAGGGGAGAUUGAGAAGGGGAAGUGUUAUCCUUUUGUGGUGAGUUUGCAGUAUGAGAUGAAAGAGGGUUCAGUGAUUGUUAAGCUGGGAGACAUUGCUCAGGUUUGGAGCAAUGGAAGAUUCAAGAGAGUAAGAGGCAUGGACCAAAAUAACUCCGUAUCCUCCGAAAAUUGCGAUAAUUCACAAAAUAUUUCUAUGUCAUUACUAGUUACUUUGCCGAUAGGCUCCACAGUAUCUCCACUGUCGCCAUUAUCAUCAAAUUGCGGUAACAGAUCAAACGUUGAAGAUAAUGAGAUUGAGGAUGAUGAUGUCGAGAAUGAAUUUGGAAGAAAACGAUUCAGAGCGUUUUCAUUUGAGGAGUAUGCUUGGACUGUUUAUCAUGAGGGAUCUCCCUUUAAAGAUCCCCUCCUGAAAUACAAAAUCUGAGAUUUCUGAGCAUUAGAGGUUAGAGACAUAAACCAUGUUUGUUCUUUGAUUUAUGUUUGUUAUUUUAGUUUGAGUUUGUGUUUGUAUGUUACAUACGCAUAUUGCUGAAAUUUGUCUCUUUAUUUAUCUUUGCAUUGGAAUUGAUUUCA